UCAGCAUCGGACGGCUCCCCAGCGGCCCAGCGGUUCCGGGAGGGCCGAGUGGUCGCCGCAUGGACCCCAGGGGGGAAGUGCCUGGGGAUUCUCCUGUCGACGCGGCCUCCAAUGCGGAGAGAGAGGCAGUCGUCCCUUGCCCUGAUGUGGCCUAGUAUCCAAAGCACCAUGCGCUGAACGAGCAGCGUUCUUUCCUAACAAAGGCAAGGAAGCAGGAGCAAGUAUUCGCUGCUCAUCGUGUUGACUAGCUUUUCCUGCUCACCACAGAACUCGGAAAGUAUCCACAUGUCCUCAGCCUUUGCCGCCGCCACACUUGCAUCGAUCAUCAUGGGAAGCUUCACAUGCCCCUUCAAGCUACGUUUCCUUUCUCCGGCAAGGGCGCUGAGCCCCAUCACCCGACCCGGCAGGCCCACACAUGCCAGUCUUACGGUUUGAGUACUCAUAUCGUGAGACUCACACUUGGAGGUCACACGGGAGGGGAAGAAGGGGCAACGUGGCAGGCAAUGACGAGACUGCUUUUCGGUUUUCGGCUCCGAAGAGAGCAGGGUCCAUUGCUCAUAUAUGGGAUUCGAAGAAUCAUCGAGCAGGGGUCCAGUCGCAGCGGGAAAUGCCCCGAGGCGGUGCUCGCCCGUGGGUGGCGCCAAAUAGGGUGCGACACAGCCAUCGUCAUCGACCGUAUCGGGAUGCACUCUAAGAGUCAAAUGCGGGCAAGCUUUUGGCACGAGACAGAAGGCGCCCGGAAGACAGUACUGGUUGGUCUUGAUGAUCCAUAGCUGUCCCGGACUUGGACUCGAGGAUACGUUGCUGUAUGAGUCGAUGGGACAAGUGAGAACCAGCUGUGAUUUGGUAUUUUGCAGGCGGAUGUCGACGUUUGACUCAAUCAGGGCGUUGACCAGGCCGCUAAGAUGGUAAGCUUCAAGAACUUUCUCCUUUUCGCCUUCCUCCUUGUUGAGGUCCUCCUUCUUUUCAUUUUUAUCUGCAUCUUCUUUCUUUCCAGCGUCUUCUUCCUCUUCAUCCUCUUGUUCCGCAUCAUCAUCGUCGGCGCCUUGCUGUCGUAGAUCAAGUGCUAGAGACACGUCAAAAUUCUGCUUGAUCAGGUCGCCUUCCACAGAAUCAUUUAUGAUGUCGAUGCUUUCCGGCAUCAGAAGUUGAGCUGGCAAACCACAGACAAAUAGGCAUUAAGCAAGACACACAUACAUGCAACGACUUCAGCUCUUUCUUGCUGUGCACCAACCUUGCUGUGCGACAAUCGGCUGGCUGCAGUGCCACAGCCCGUCCAUCGAGAUGCCCUUUUUGCCUGCCCUGACCAUCACCGGGCUUUUGCCUUGAUCAGAGGUUUUGACGGCCACAACGUAUUGAGGCAUGCCAACACACUUGAUCGUCAUCAUUUGAUCAUCCAGCUUGCUGGCGAUGCGGCCAUCCCUCACUCUCUUGAACGCAAUGUCCGGGCCGAUCUCGCUCUUUGAUGAGGAGCACCACACAGAUGUCCAUCCCCUUCCUGCUACUGCUGGCUGCUCGAUGUUGUCGGCUGGCGUGAUGAUCCAUUGCUCGUACUUGGCCUCAUCCUUGCUGUUGUUCCUGUCUUUCUCGAUUAUCGGCUCCCCCAAUGUGAGCUUGUUCUCCAUCCGCACGCUGACUUUGAGAGUCUUGCUUGGUGUCUUGUUGGCGUAAGCUUUCGGCACAAGGCGGAAGACGUCUGUCGGACAUAGCUCGUCAGUCUGUCGGACCCACAGCUGUGAAAUGUCUGGCUCCUCGUGCGUCUCCCGUGUUGUCUUCUCCUUCAGCCCCACGGAGACAUCAUGCACCACGCUUUCUGUUGCGGCAAGAAAGAGCUCAGUGCCGAUGUUCUGCAGACGGAAAGCCGCUUCGCGCGCCUCGAUGUUGAGACCGUCGAUCACUGCCCGCGUCAAAGCAGCAUAGGGAGGAUUCCGCUGAACAAUCACGGUGGCAAAACACAGGGAAUUUGCACCUGAAUCCUUACGCAUCGUGCCUUGGCUGACGCGGAUGAUGGCAAUGCCGUCCGGAUAGUCUUCAGGAUGGAUGAGGUGGUUUAUCAGCCUGUAGUCUGAGUCCUCGAUGAAGAUGGUCAGCAAUGCCGACUCGAAGCUGGAUAGCAUUGCCUCGUGGCCGGCAUCAAGUGUCGUCCUUCACAGCCAACGAAAAAAGAAGACAGGACGUGUGUGCACACGGGAAAGCUAUUCAAUCACCAACAAACCAGUUAUUGGAGGCUCUCAGCUUUCCAUACUGAACACGAACACGAGACUUGUCGUCGGUCUCCUCGCCUGAAAAAAUUGAAAAUUUGAAGAAAUUGAAACUUGCACACAGACACACACGCGUAGCAGCACUCCGUGUGUGUCUGUGUGCAAGUCUUACUGUUUCCUGUGUCUCUGUUAAGAGCAAAUCCCACUUCCAGCCCACCAAACCCAGCAGUGAUCUCGCCGCCCAUCGCCACUCUAACAUCCUUCUUCAUGACCUUCUUCAGCUCCUGGGCGACGAAUUUCCUGUCCCUCGCCGGGAUCAGCAUCACGUGCACAGGGCUGAGGGAGUUGUUGAGGCAGACAAGUUUGGUGUGGUCGUCGGCACUCAGUGGCAUGAUUGUGAUUUGGGGGUGUCGAAGAUGGCUUUACACGCAGCAGUGACGCAGCUGAAAACGCAGCAGGAAUACAAUAGCAGGGAUAUCGAUACGGAGCGCUCGCACUGGUGCGGAUUUGGGGCUCGAAGGCGAACUUGAAGGAGGAAGAG